UGUGUGUGUGUGUGUGUGUGUGUGUGUGUGUGUGCGUGUAAGUGUGUGUGUGUGUGUGUGGUUUAACUCCGAGUGUUACAACCUAUCUGAUGUCCAUCUGAGAAGAUCCGCACAUCACCGACCUGCACCGGAGGGGAGAAGACCCGAAAACCUCCCGGGAGAAGAGAGAGAGAGCAGGCAGACCGUAAACACAUCACCAGACUUUUCCAGUGAAUCCAGGAGAGUUUGUUUAUUUACAAGGAGUCAGAGAAUUAUCUUCAUCUUUAAGUUCAUCACAAACAAACUCAACACACCUGGAGGUGAACUGAAAGGGGGAUGGUGGUUCCAUACGAGGGUCAGUCUUUCUCUGCACUGAGGAGGCAGUGUCAGGAGAACGGACAGCUGUUUGAAGACCCUCUGUUCCCGACGACCGACCAGUCUCUGUUCUACCAGGACAACGCGAUCGGAAACGUAACCUGGAAAAGGCCUAAGGAGUUAUGCAACGACCCCCGUCUGUUUGUGGACGGCAUCAGUGCCCACGACCUGCACCAAGGCCAGCUGGGAAACUGCUGGUUCGUGGCCGCCUGCUCGAGUCUGGCCUCCAGAGAGGCGCUGUGGCAGAAGGUGAUUCCUGACUGGAAGGAUCAGGAGUGGAACCCUCAGAAACCCGAGUCCUACGCCGGGAUCUUCCACUUCCGGUUCUGGCGUUUCGGUGAGUGGGUGGACGUGGUGAUCGAUGACCAGCUGCCCACGGUGAACGGACUGCUGGUGUACUGCCACUCCAAGGACAGCAACGAGUUCUGGAGCGCGCUGGUGGAGAAGGCCUACGCCAAGAUGUGUGGCUGCUAUGAGGCUCUGGAUGGGGGCAACACGGCCGACGCUCUCGUGGAUUUCACUGGCGGUGUGUGUGAGCCGAUGGACUUGAUGGAGAACGGCUUCAAAGAAGAUGAAGAGAAACGUAACGAGCUGUUCGAGAGAGUCCUCAAAGUCCACAACAGAGGAGGCCUGAUCAGCUGCUCCAUCCGGGCGGCCACCACAGAGGACAUGGAGGCCAGGCUGGACUGCGGCCUGGUGAAGGGUCAUGCCUACGGCGUGACAGACGUCCGCAGGGUGAGGCUGGGCCACGGCCUGCUGGCCUACUUCAAGUCGGACAAGCUCAACAUGAUCCGCAUGAGAAACCCCUGGGGACAAAGGGAGUGGAACGGGGCCUGGAGCGACAGCUCUGAGGAGUGGCACAGGGUCAGUUUGAGUGAGAGGCAGAAGAUCGGCGUCGUCGUGCAGGAUGAUGGAGAGUUCUGGAUGACGUUCGAUGACUUCAUCACUCACUUCACUGACCUCAUCCUGUGUCGUCUCAUCAACACGUCCUACCUGAGUUUCCAUAAGACCUGGGUGGAGGCCGUGAUGCGCGGCUCCUGGCGUGUCCACAGUGACCCGCUCCUGAACCGAGCCGGAGGCUGCGUCAACCACAAGCACACCUUCCUCCAGAACCCGCAGUACGUGUUUGACGUGAAGAAGCCAGAGGACGAGGUCCUGAUCUGUCUGCAGCAGAAAGACCGCCGAGCCACGCUGAGAGAGGGACGAGGAGAAAACCUGGCUAUUGGCUUCGACAUACACAGGGUGGAGUUUAACAGGAUCUACCGGAUGCACGCCACCCAGAAGAAGGUUGGUGGGAGCACCUACAUCAACUCCAGGUCUGUGUUCGUACGCAUCGACCUGCCUGAGGGCCGGUACGUCAUCAUACCCACGACCUUCGACCCUGGCCUGGAGGGAGACUUCCUGCUUCGCAUCUUCACAGACGUGCCCUCCGUCUGCAAGGAGUUGACCUUGGACGAGCCUCCAAACACCUGCUGGUCUGGGAUGUGUGGUUAUCCCUCUCUGGUCACUCAGGUCUACGUUGUGGAGGCUAACGGACUUGCAGGACAAGACUCUGACGGAGUGUCUGACCCCUACGCGAUCAUCCGUUGUGAGGGAAAUAAAGUUCGCUCUCCGGUCUGUAAAAACAGUCGCAGCCCUGUCUUCGACACCAAGGGAGUCUUCUACAGGAAGCACGGCAACAAGCCAAUCAGCAUCGAGAUCUACAACCACAACGUGCUGAAGGACACCUUCAUGGGUCAGGUGACGCUGCCAGCCGAGCAGGGCGAGUUCAGACAGACGCUCCACCUGAAGGGCAAAGGUGAUCACCGUGAAGACGACCUCCCCGGGACCGUCACCGUUGAAAUAAUAACCAGCUCGUUGCUCACCAAAAUCUGAGAAAGUCUAUAAAGUUUACCGCCAGCGACUUUGUGCACCUGUCAGAGUUUACUUUGAGAUCACACAUCCAGCAGGAAGUCUGUCGAGGUCAUCAGAGGAAGUGAUGACACACCCUGAUGGUCUCGCUGUGAGUUUACAGAAUGACGUACCUGCUGGGUGCUGAUGUCACUUCUAAACAUUGUUUACAUUCUUUACUACGUCUAUCAACCACUACUUUCUACUUUUUACCGUCUUAUUCUAUUUUAACUUUUAUUUGAAUCUACUCAUAUUUAUGUCUUUUAUAUCUGAUCUCAGUGUUUUUCACGUCUUCUCUAAACCGCUCUGUGUUACUUUAAGAGUACGAUACAAAUGAAGUCACGUCAUGUUUAGUCGGCAAUGCCAAAAAUCUCCCAUGUGUCAUGAGCUGGAUUAAAUAAACCUGUUCACUGAUGCUGUGACAUCACCUGUAGCCAAACCAGGAACCCACUGAGCUGUCCGGACACGUAACCAUCACCAAGAACUGUCAGUGAAAGAUGAUUUAUUGACAUCACACUGACUGUGCCCCGAGCUCCUGAGGGUUAACCUGCCAGUGUCUACAACCAAACAGCCGUAAAUUGAUACAUAUAACUAAAUAUAAGGUUUUAUUAUAUUAGUUUAAGUUGAGCCUUGAGCAUGUUUCAGUAUGUGAUGUGUUUACAGUAUAAAAGUGGCAAAAUAAAGUGAACUCAAACCAGA